CAAAGCAGCAGCUGUCUCUCUGUCACAUUCCUGUGUUUUACGCUCAUUUUCGACAACUUCUUCUGCGUUUCCGACGAUGGCCCAGGCCGGAUUGGUCCUGGACAAGGACCAGUUCAACUGCUCGAUAUGUUUGGACGUGCUGAAGGACCCUGUGACCAUCCCGUGUGGACACAGCUAUUGCUCCGGGUGUAUACAGAACUACUGGGACCAGGACGACUACCUGGGGGUCUUCGUCUGCCCUCAAUGUAGGCAGAACUUCAACCCGAGGCCGCUACUCGCCAGAAACACCAUGUUGGCCGACGUGGUGGAGAGGUUCAGAAAGACUGGACUCCAAGAGGCCACGACGCCGUCCAGCCACAGUUUUGCCGAGGCCGACGACGUGGAGUGCGACGUCUGCACCGGGAGGAAAAACAAAGCUGUGAAAUCCUGUCUGGUGUGUCUGGCCUCCUACUGCGACCAGCACAUCCAGCCUCACUACGAGUCUGCUGCCUUCAAGAAACACAAGCUGGUGCCGGCCUCCAAAAAACUCCAAGAGACGAUCUGUGCCCGGCACGACAAGCUGCUGGAGGUGUACUGUCGCACCGACAAGCAGUGCAUCUGUUACCUGUGUCUGACCGACGAGCACAAGGGACACGACACGGUGCUGGCGGAGGCCGAAAUACAGCAGAAGCAGUGGCAGCUCGGCGACCUGAAGCAGAGCUCUCAGCAGAGAAUUCAUCAGAGGGAAAAGGAGGCUCAGGAGCUGAGACAGGCCAUCUUCUCUCUCACUCGCUCUGCUCGGGCCGCGGCCGAGGAGAGCGACGCCGUCUUCACCGAGCUGAUUCGCUCCAUCGAGCUGAAGCGCUUUGAGGUGAGAGAGCUGAUCAAAGCCCAGGAAAAGACGGCGGUCGGUCACGCCGAGCAGCAGCUGGUGGAGAUCCAGAAGGAGAUCUCAGAGCUGAAGAUGAAUGAGGCUGAACUGGACAAGCUCUCCCGCACCGAGGACCACGUCCAUUUCCUCCAGAGUUGUCAGUCUCUCCGUGCUCCACCCGCGCUGUCAGCUUUGCCUUCAGUCACCGUCGACCCCAAACUCACCUUUGGCCCGGUGAUGACGGCUGUGUCGGAUUUUAAAGGACUGCUGCAGGAGGUCUGCCAGGAAGGAUUUGUCUGCAUCUACGAGAAAGUGAGAGAUGUAGUCAUUGUAGGUCCUCCAAAUGCUGCUGGACAGCUGAACACAACACAGCCCAGUGAAGGCCAAGCAGCCGCGCACAUGGAAGCAACACCCGUGAUCCCUCCACCUGGCCUGGACCAAAGUCCCGUGAGCCCCCUCAACCCUUUCCUCACUCCAGGACCAGCUGUGCCCACCUUUGCCCUAUCAACAUUUGGAUCCAAACUUUCAUCGGGAUCCAGACAGAGGCACCUUCAGCGACGCGCUCACCCCAGGAGGAAAUAGACCUGCAGUGGACAUCAGCCCUUCAAAUGCACCCGCACGGCCCGAAUAUCAUUAUACCUCAGUCCCCUCUCCUCCUCUCAAAGAUCUGCGCUGCACAUUCAGCAAUUCAUCUCUUGGCUUUAAUUUAAUCGAUUGGUUUUCAGCAAAUCCGCUAUAGUUGCAUCUUGCAUUAUAGUGCAGGAACGAACAGAGACGAGGAAAGAAUUUCAAAGUGCCACAGACGACCUCACUGACAGUGCAUUUACUUUAAGUAUUAAGCAGCACAAACAGGACUGAACUCACUACAUCUUAUUUCAGUAUUUGCAAUUUGAAGUUAACUUGAAAUCUAGAGAGUUUUUAGCGUUUUUUUUUUUUACAUGGUUUAUGCUUUUAUAAGUUUCUUAUUUUAAAAACCAAAUUUACAAAAU